AUGGCUUCCCCAUUGGUCCACUUGGGAAGGCAGAUUGGAUCAGCAACUUCUCGUGUUGCUGUUCGUGGUGCUGCUACGGCUGCUCCACAAGCUGCUGCCAAGCAGGAGAAGACUUCAUAUGGAGGGUUGAAAGAUUCCGACCGUAUUUUCACCAACUUGUAUGGACGUCAUGACUACAGAAUCAAGGGAGCAAUCGCUAGAGGAGACUGGUAUAAAACUAAAGAGAUUAUUUUGAAAGGGUCUGAUUGGAUUCUUGGAGAACUCAGAACUUCUGGUCUUCGUGGACGUGGAGGUGCCGGUUUCCCAUCAGGUAUGAAAUGGGGUUUCAUGAAUAAACCUUUUGACGGAAGACCUAAGUAUUUGGUUGUAAAUGCUGACGAAGGAGAGCCAGGAACUUGCAAAGAUCGUGAAAUUAUGCGCCAUGAUCCUCACAAGCUCAUCGAAGGUUGUCUGAUUGGAGGAGUUGCCAUGGGCGCUCGUGCUGCUUACAUUUAUAUCAGAGGAGAGUUUUACAACGAAGCAGCUAUUCUUCAAGAAGCCAUCAACGAAGCUUACAAGGCUGGAUAUUUGGGUAAGAACUGCCUUGGUACAGGAUACAAUUUUGAUGUCUUUGUUCAUCGUGGAGCCGGUGCUUAUAUUUGUGGUGAAGAGACUGCUCUUAUUGAGUCCUUAGAAGGAAAGCAAGGAAAGCCAAGACUGAAGCCUCCUUUCCCUGCUGAUAUUGGUCUUUUUGGAUGUCCUACAACAGUUACAAAUGUCGAAACUGUUGCUGUUGCCCCCUCUAUCUGUCGUAGAGGAGGAGAGUGGUUCGCUUCCUUUGGUCGUGAAAGAAAUCGUGGAACAAAGCUUUUCUGUAUUUCUGGACACGUCAACACUCCAUGCACAGUUGAGGAAGAGAUGUCUAUCCCUCUCAAGGAGCUUAUCGAGCGUCACUGCGGAGGAGUGAUUGGUGGAUGGGACAACCUUCUAGCCAUUAUCCCCGGAGGAUCUUCUGUACCACUUCUGCCUAAGCACAUCUGCGAUGACGUGUUGAUGGAUUUUGAUGCUUUAGUAGCUGCUCAAUCUGGUCUUGGAACUGCGGCUGUAAUCGUAAUGAACAAGCAAGUUGAUGUUGUUAAGUGCAUCGCAAGACUGUCACUUUUCUACAAACACGAGUCUUGUGGACAGUGUACUCCUUGUCGUGAAGGAUGUAAUUGGCUCAACAAGAUGAUGUGGCGUUUCGUCGACGGAAAAGCUAAGCCAAGCGAAAUUGAUAUGUUGUGGGAAUUAUCUAAGCAGAUCGAAGGUCACACUAUUUGUGCUCUUGGAGAUGCUGCCGCUUGGCCUGUCCAGGGAUUAAUCAGACAUUUCCGACCAGAACUAGAGGCAAGAAUGGCUGAGUUCCACAAACAAGUUUUAGCUGAGCAAGGAGUCAAGUCUCAAGCUUAA